AUGAAGUCUGUUCUCGCUGUCGUUCUGUCCUUGGUGUCGCUGGCUAGUUGCCACUACACCUUCAACGCCCUGUUAGUUAACGGAGUCUCCACUGGCGACUGGGUGAACGUCCGAAGAACGAACAACUUCCAGUCCAACGGACCCGUCACUGAUGUAAAUAGCAUCGAUUUCCGCUGCUACACCUCUCAGACACGCGCCACUGCCUCGACCGCUACUGUCGCGGCAGGUUCGCAAAUUGGGUUCAAGGCUGGCCAAGCCAUCUCCCACCCCGGCGUUGCCAACAUCUACAUGGCGAAAGCUCCGGGCAGUGUUGCUGAUUGGGACGGCGCUGGUGCAGUGUGGUUCAAGGUUCACCAAAUUUCGGCCGUCACAGAUGGUGGCAGGACCAUCUCCUGGCCAUCUGCUGGUGUUAGCCAGAUCAACUUCAAUAUCCCGAGGAACCUUCCAGAUGGCGAGUACCUCGUGCGCAUCGAGCACAUCGCCUUGCACAGCGCUUCCGGCUUUGGCGGAGCACAAUUCUACAUCAGCUGUGCGCAAGUCAAGGUCACGGGCGGAGGAAACGGGACACCUGGGCCUCUGGUGUCCAUCCCAGGAGUCUACAAUGGCAAUGAACCCGGCAUCAAGAUCAACAUCUACUAUCCCGUCCCAGCGACCUACGUCCAGCCUGGCCCUGCCGUCUGGACCGGGUGA